AUGUUGCCACGAGCCCUGAGUCGCCACGUGGCCAGACAGCCAAGGGUCUCGAGCUCCACUGCUGCACGACUGCGAAUCAGCAACCAUGGCCGAAUCCGAUCCUUCCACAGCUCCAGGGUAUCCAGUAUGCUGCAGAUCCCCGAGAUUGGAGGCGACGGCGAGGAGAACAAACAGUCGCGAAGCGGCUGGGAACGCACCAAGGAGAUCCUCACGAAAAUGGCCGAAUCCGCAGGUAUCACGUUCGCCAGUAUCGCCAUUCUGGGCAUCGCCGGAAUGACGUACCACUACUACUAUAAGCGCCAUGUGGUCAAGAAGAUGGACGAGGCGUUCGAGGACGGAGACCCGGCGUUCGAAUUGACCAUGCAUCGACGAACAAGCGAGAUGGAGGGCUGGGUGGAGAGAAGUCAUCAGAAGCUGCUGGAUGACAUCAUUGCCGGACGAAUCAGCGGACGAUACUACCUACUGAUUGGAGAAAAGGGAACCGGAAAGACCAGCAUGAUUCUGGAGGCCAUGCGAAAGUGCUCUGGCUCGUGCUGUACCAUUCUUGAUGCCCAUGCUGACCCAGAAAUCUUUCGAAUCCGACUAGGUAAGGCUCUGGAUUUCGAAUUCCACGAAGACUACAUUGGAUCUCUGUUUUCCAUCCGGGGGCCCCGUGAUACCACCGCGCUGCUGGACAUUGAGCGAGCCUUUAACAAACUCGAGGAGGUUGCUGUGGGCAAGGUCCGAAAGACUGGCCGACCUCUGGUUAUGGUGAUCAACAAUGCCCAUCUGAUUCGAGACGAUGCUGACGGAAACAAUUUGGUCGAGCUGCUCCAGCAGAAGGCCGAGGCUCUUUCUGGAGCUGGUCUGGUGACUAUGAUUUUCAACUCGGAUGACUACUGGCUGUACGAACGACUCAAGAAGCUGGGAACUCGCCUGGAGGUUGUCACUAUCAAGGAUUUGGAUCGAGCUCAGUCCGUUCAGGCUUUCCAGCUUGCUCGACUGAGAGCUCGAGGUAUCUCUUGCGACGUGGAGACAGCCAACCGGGUGUACGAUCUUGUUGGGGGUAGACCCCAACAUCUGGCUCAUGUCGCAGGACACAGGAACAUUCUCAAGGCUUGCCAGGAGCUGAUUGACCGAGAAAAGACUUGGUUUCUCAACCAGUGUGGUCUGCUUGGAGAAGAUAUGGAUGACGAUGUCAUGGAAAGUGGUAAGUUUAGCACCUCCGCCAUGUUUCUGAUGCGAGAACUGGUGGAGAUGGAUAGACGACGGCUCAAGGACGUGUCUAUCUACAACACCUUGCAUCUGAGCGACCACAAACUGCCCGAGUUGCCUCUAUGGAGAGCCAGACAGGUCAUGACCCGUCCCGACUACAUUCAAGUCUACGACAACCUGAACAUUUUCACCAUUGACUCCUUGUCACGAGUACGAGCCGACUCUGUUCCCAUGAUGCAGGCCUUUCACGAAAUUGCAGACAUGCCUGGGUUUGAUGAUUUUCUCGAAGAGACUGCCGACCGAGUAUCUGCUAUCGAGUCUCUUGGUCGAACCCGAGAGCUGGUGGCUAAGGAUCUAGUUGAAGGCGGCAAAUACACCGUCAAGGACGCUUUCCGAACGUUUGCCAUCAAGCUGGUGCAGCCCGAGGAGGAGGAGGACAAGGCCGAGAGCUCUCUCGACCAUCUGGGCAAGUCCGACUGGUGGAAUCAGCGAGUGAAGAAGUUCACCGAGCAGAUUGAGGAGGAGGAAGUGGCUCUCAAGGAAAAGGAAGCCAAGGCUGUUGGAAUCCCUAAACAUGUCGAAGAUGUCGCGAAAAUCCCUGGUGACGUUGAAGAAGUCGCAGACUAUAAGUAG